AUGCCAGCUCCAUUCGAAAAAGGUUCAGAAAAAAAAGGUGCUACUUUAUUUAAAACUAGAUGUUUACAAUGUCAUACAGUUGAAAAAGGCGGUCCACACAAAGUUGGUCCAAAUUUACAUGGAAUUUUUGGUAGAAAAUCAGGUCAUGCUGAAGGAUUUUCAUAUACAGAUGCUAAUAAAAAGAAAGGAGUUACUUGGGAAGAACAAACUUUAGCUGAUUAUUUAGAAAAUCCAAAAAAAUAUAUUCCUGGUACUAAAAUGGCCUUUGGUGGUUUAAAAAAACCAAAAGACAGAAACGAUUUAGUUACUUACUUGAAAAAAGCUACUUCAGAGUAA